CUCUGCAACGCAUCCUCAUUAUGUUUCAUGGACCUCCUCUGCGAAAUUCGGACAAAGCUCUAAUCUUUCCUACGUUACAAAGUCUUUAGAUUUCAGGUGUAGUAAGCGGACUCAGUGCGCCCUGCAAAUUCACUGCCCAUUGAUGAAGGCUCGUGUGGCCUCUUCUUCCAUGGAUACCACAGAUGCCCAUAUCGAAGAGAACAGCAGCUUCUCCACGCUACGAGAGCUAUGCGAAGGUCACGUGCCUGAGCACGUGAUUAACAGGAUGGAAGAAAUUGGAUAUGUUGCACCAACAGAGGUGCAGCAGCAAGCUUUACCGGUGCUUUUUGCUGGACGAGAUUGUAUACUUCAGGCCCAGACAGGCUCCGGAAAAACUCUUGCAUACCUGCUGCAGAUUUUUUCAGUCAUUGAUACUCAAAGAUUUGGUGUUCAAGCACUGAUUGUUCUGCCCACAAGGGAGCUUGGCAUGCAAGUUACAGAAGUUACUCGAAAGCUUGCUGCUAAGCCUUCACAGGCUGAACGACAGCAGAAGCCAUGCACCGUCAUGGCUCUUUUAGAUGGGGGAAGGUUGACAAGACAUAAGAGGUGGUUAAAGGCAGAGCCUCCUACUAUAGUGAUUGCAACUCUGCAGAGUUUGUGUCAAAUGCUUGAGAAGCAAAUUUUUGGGUUAGGUGCCAUGCAAGUGCUGGUAAUUGAUGAGGUUGAUUUUAUGUUCAAUUCCUCAAAACAAGUUGAUGCUCUUCGAAGGCUAUUGACAUCAUACUCUUCAAGCAGUAGUCGUCAAACGAUUUUUGCCAGUGCAUCAGUUCCCCAGCACAAGCGAUUUCUGCACGACUGUAUACAGCAUAAAUGGACCAAGGGUGAUGUUGUUCAUGUCCAUGGAAAUCCAGUUCAGCCAAUGCCAUCAUGCCUACAUCACAGAUUUGUGGUAUGUGGCAAAAGGGAAAGGCACUCAACGUUGCUAUUGUUAUUACAAUCAGAUGCUCCUCAGUUUGCUAUAGUAUUUGUUGGAGAACAAUCUGAAAAGUCAAAGAAGGCUGGAAAUGCUCCACCAACAACUAUCCUAUUUGAUUUUUUAAAGACCUCCUUUUUGGGAUGCUCCACAAUAAUUCUUCUGGAGGAAGAUAUGAAUUUUAAUCAGCGAGCAGCAUCCUUAAUUGAUGUUAGAGAAGGAGGAGACUUUCUUCUGGUUGCAACAGAUAUAGCAGCUAGAGGAGUUGACCUGCCUGAGACAACUCAUAUUUACAAUUUUGAUCUGCCAAGAGAUGCAGUAAAUUACCUUCAUCGAGCUGGAAGGACAGGUAGGAAACCAUUUUCAGAUGAUAAAUAUUUUGUGACCAACAUUAUAGCACCAGCUGAGCGAUUUGUAUUGCAGAGAUUUGAAAAUGAACUGAAGUUUUUCUGUGAAGAGUUGUUCCUGUAAUUGUGUGAAUGAUUUUUUGGUUUGUGCGUGAGUGAAAUCCAAGCCAAUUGGCUUAA